UUAUUUUCGCUAGGGAUUGGUUGGCACACGAGGCAAAUGGCGAAGGCGACAAAGUAAUUUAAUGGACAAAAAACAUGAAAUGCCUGAAAUAGUUGAUUUAAAAAAAGAGAUAAAUUGCGGCUGCGGCUGUUGACAACAUUUCUGGGCCGUUUGAAAGAACGAUGGCGUCGGGCGAGGAGGAACUUUCUCCAGGAAGAGAGAUGAACGAGCAGCAACAACCACAACAACCGGAGGUUUACACGACUUAUAUUGUGCUACACAGUCAAGGCGCCCAGCAGCUGAUUGGUCAGCCCCCUCAGCCGCUGUUGAGGACCUCCACUCUGAAACAGGAGCCCCCCGACAUUAAAGAGGAAGAAGAGGAAAUCUGGGUCACUCAAGAGUGUCUUCAGGGGAGGGAGGAGGCCGAUCUCACCAAGUUGCCACCGCCUGGCGUCUCUGUGAAGACUGAAGACCAUGAAGAGAAACCUCACGUCCAUCAGCUGAUUGAUCAUCAAGAAGAACAUUCCCAUCAGCCCCAUGUUAAAAAGGAAGAUGUGGAGCCACAGCCCCCCAACGUUAAAGAGGAAGAGGAGGACCUCUGGAUCAAUCACGAGGGAGAGUGUGGUCUAAGCUGGGGGGAAGCUGAUCUCACCAAGUUGCCGCUGACUGUUGUCUCUGUGAAGACCGAAGACCAUGAAGAGUCCUCACAGCUUCAUUACAGUGAGGAGAACAGAGGGGCGGAGCCUCCAAGCAGCAUCUCACCGCAACACAUGACAACAGAAGCUGAUGGAGACCACUGUGGAGGAUCACAAGGAGACAACCUCUUAGCUCCGCUAUCAGAUAGUGACGACACAACGUCACACUCUACUGAAGAUGAAGACGGAGGAGACACCCAAGAACUUUUGAGCAGCGAUACAGACUGUGAAGAUGAUGUGAGGACUCAAACUGACAAACAGUCCAGAUGCUCUGAUGAAAAGAAGACGGGUAAAAGACAUUUCACCUGCUCAGUUUGUGCGAAAAGCUUUUUUUAUAAAAGCUACUUGGAGCAACACAUGAGAACGCACACCGGAGAAAAACCUUUUAGUUGCUCAGUUUGUGCUCAAGGAUUCUCUCAGAAGUCGAAUAUGGUAACGCACAUGAGAACGCACACAGGAGAAAAACCUUUUAGUUGCUCAUUCUGUGGUAAACGCUUCACUAGAACAGUAACUAUGGUAAUUCAUAUGAGAAAACACGCAGGAGACCGACCUUUCAGGUGUACAGUUUGCGGCGAUGCAUUUUCUCAUGCUUCGUCUUUCAAAAAACACGUGAGAACACACAAGGCAGAAAAACCCUUCAGUUGUCCAGACUGUGAUAAAAGCUUCUCUAAAAAAGUAAACAUGGUAUCACAUAUGAGGACACACACGGGAGAAAAACCUUUUACUUGCUCAGUUUGUGGUCAAGGAUUCGCUCAGAAGUCAAACAUGCGAUCGCACAUGAAAACGCACAGAGGGGAAAAACCUUUUAGUUGCUCCAUUUGUGGUCAAGGAUUCUCUCAGAAGUCGAACAGGCUCUCACACAUGAAGACGCACACAGGAGAAAAACCCUUUAGCUGCUCUCACUGUGGUAAAAGCUUUGCUAAAAAAGUCGAUAUGGUAAAUCACGUGAGAACGCACACAGGAGAGAGACCUUUCAGUUGCGCGGUUUGCGGCGAUGCAUUUUCUCGGGCCUCGUAUUUAAACACACAUAUGAGAAUCCACACGGGAGAAAAACCUUUUAGUUGCUCAUGCUGCGAUAAAAGCUUCACUCAAAAGGCACACUUGCGGUCACACAUGAGAACACACUCGGGUGAAGCCCAUUUUAGUUGUUCAGACUGCGGUGAAAUCUUCGCCAAGAAAGUAAAUCUGGUAUCGCAUAUGAGGACGCACACAGAAGACAAACCUAUUCGCUGCUCCGUGUGUGGCGAUACAUUUGCUCUGAGUUCCUCUUUGUAUCGACACAUGAGAACACACAGGAUGUCCGCUGUCAAUCAUGGUGAGCAGUCCGAGGUGUUGUCUUCUAUUGAAUGAUCUUCACAAAAAUUUGAAUGGAAAAAAUAGGUCAUUGCACAGUUUGACCAUCAAAAUUGUACGAUGUGCCUCCACAGUGGUGCACACUUUUACAAAAACAGACAGUAGUUCCUCUUUGUCAAUCACCUUACUGUCUGAAUUGUCCGUUUAUUACUUGGUGUCUUUGAACACAACUCUUCAUAGCUCCUAAAAAGCGUGAUUCAAAAGUGCUACUUUUAACGAGAUUUAAGUUAGACAAAUAGAUUGAGUUACAUUUUAAGUUAAUAUGGAGCUGUUAUUACAUACAAAUGUAUA